CGCAAGGCCGUUGUGCAUUUUGGAGGGGAUACGCUGGAACAGCUAGGGGGGGUCAGCUUUGCCAAGUAGUGGAUCCCAGCUUCCCUCUACUUGUGAACGAAACCCACGGCUCCGAUAGCUUGCAACAUUUCAGUUGCUUUGGUUCCACCAGACCGAUACGAACGGCAAACGGUGCGCAAGUGGGCGUCACGCCGUACGUGAUAAUGCACAUCAACAACAUAUCGAUACAAAGCAACUGGUAACGCAUCUCCAAGUACUCGCAGGUUAUAUCAAGACACAAACAGCAAAAAAUCUCACAGUUCAAACAAAUUUCCUACAUUCCAACUGGAAAUUAUAACCGUUUUCCAUCGACGAAGAUUUCCGAUUAUUUUAUAAAACUUUUAUGUGGCCUACGGAAACAAUUCAACGGGUUUUUUUCCUUAACAGUGUCAAAUCAGACUUGGUAUCUUUCUGCACAUAAGUCUUUGUUGAAAACACGUUUGUGAACCUGACAUAAAAGAACCUUAUCUUCGGAUUAUCUUUGUAGUGAUGUUUUUAUGUAAACUUUCUCUUUUUGAUCUCCCAACAAGUGGACUGAAACUGGAGCGCAUUAGGAAGUUUCUUGGAGUUUCCUCUUCGGAAUCCAACUUGUAAACAUCGCGUAGCGCUGGGACGCUUGGAAGAACUUUAACUGUACGUCAACUUUGCAAGAAAACAGCGACUAUUUGCUAUUCUUAACUAAAGUAUCGUGUGGGCUCUUAAUUCUUUUCGACACCGUACGUGCUGUUAGCAAAUAAAUGUAUUUAUAAAUCUGAGAUUCAAAAACAACAUUUUUAUCGUGGAAUGUUCCGUAGAUAUUCUGCAGUCAUAAUAAAUAGCUCCAGCUGCAAUUUAAACGAAAUUCUAACAAGAACGAGUUUUGAGAGUAUUUUCAAAACAAAGUCCAUUGUGAGUAACACAAUCUGAGGCUAUAUAUUUAUAUAAUUUAAGUGCCCACUUGAAGAGUUCUUCAUUUUGAGUGACCUUCAUAAGUUCUGAAUUCGAUCAGAUAUCAAAGUAGUAGUUCGGUGUACGCAAACAAAAUUAUUUGCACCUUGUUCCCCUCCCUUCACCACGCCCACUUGCUGUUGUGUGGUCCCGGACAGGUGUCGGUGUUCCCCAGUGUGACUUGUUGCAAGGUCAGUCCACGAUAAUUCCUGCUUCUACAUUUAAAAACUUGCGCAACCACAUCAAAAUUAAUUAAUUAUUUUACGAAUAAAACAGAUCAGUGUAUUAUUGCAUAUCAUCCCGUUAAUAUUAAGUUGUGCCAAAUUUAUUACAAAAGACGAAUAUAAAAACUAAUAAUAGGAGUUUGAUGUGGAUUUGCGGUGUGAAAUAGAUGUUUUGAUGGAAAUUAGGCUAAGUGACUUUCUCCAUCGGGACAAUCAAUGAAGUGUAAGUGUGCGUGUGUGUUUUUGGUGCGCGCGGUAUGUCUUCCACAGUGCAAUACAAAAAACUAAGGAUGGGAUUCCGCCAGAUAAUUUUGUUAUGUAAAUCAUUACUGGUGUGAGGCUUAAGAUAAGAGACUACAAGCGAAAGACAUUACUGGUGUGCCAUGUACUGUACCUGGUGCGCCAUGGUGCGUAUCCGACGUGGACUUGUGUGGUGGCCGCUACUCAUCAUUCUCGGCUGGUGUGCAGGGCUGCAAGAUCACGGCUUCGACCUGGGCUCUGCAGUUCCUCCUCAUUCGCACGCUCUGACCAGUGACGUGGACCCAGAUUUCAACGAACCCAUCAAGAAUGUAACAGUACCUGUGGGGCGCGAAGCGAUUCUCAGCUGUUUAGUCACUGAACUAGGCCAUUACAAGGUGGGAUGGAUGAAGGCGGAGGACCAGACGAUCUUGACGCUUCACAACAAAGUCGUGACGCACAAUUCACGGAUCAGCGUGACGCACGACAAUCACCGCACGUGGCAGCUCCACAUCCGUCAGGUGAAGGAGUCUGAUCGGGGUUGCUACAUGUGUCAGAUCAACACCAACGUCAUGAAGAAGCAGGUCGGCUGCGUAGACGUCCACGUGCCACCUGACAUUACUGACGAGGAAACGAGCUCCGACCUCACCGUGCGGGAGGGUGAGAACGCCACGAUGAUGUGUCGCGCAACGGGACACCCAGUGCCCCGCAUUCUCUGGCGCCGUGAGGACGGCGAGGGCUUGAUCCUCAGGAAGGGUCUCAGGGACGUGACGAAAGUGGAUACUUUCAGUGGGGACACGUUAACACUCGUGAAGCUGGAUAGAAGGCAAAUGGGCGCUUAUCUGUGCAUAGCUUCAAAUGAUGUACCACCAGCAGUUAGCAAGCGCAUUACACUCAACGUAAACUUUGCCCCAGUGGUCAAAGUUCCGAAUCAGCUGCUUGGGGCGCCACUUGGGACAAACGUUUCCCUGGAGUGCCACGUUGAGGCGUUCCCCAACACCAUCAACUACUGGCUGAAGAACAGAGGAGAAAUGCUAUUAGACGGGACUAAACAUUCGAUUGUGGAGAAUCGAACGGCGUACAAGGUGCACCUGAAGCUGACGAUCAACCAAUUCAGCAGUCGGGACCUGGGAACGUACAUGUGCGUGUCCACCAACUCGCUGGGGCACGCCGAAGGCACAGUCCGACUCUACGAAAUCAAGGUAGCAACGCCUUUGCCCAUCGGAUCAACUGAAAAUCAAGUAGUGACAGUAUCAGUUCCAGAAGUCGAGGUUACUGGUGCUGGAGGCUUGAAUGAUGCAGCCAAUGACAUUAUUCAUACAACGAUCGCCCCAAUGCAGUCCAUGAUGGAAGAAUCGGUACUCGACCAAAGCUCAACUAUGCAGGACGUCCAGGCCGAGAGAGGAGUGAACUCUGGAGCACAACGGGGCGCAGCCUGUCGGGUGCUGGCAACAUUCAUGGCCCCUUUCCUGUCCGUGCUUGUUCAUGUGGUCAGAUGACAAUGCCAGGCUGUCUUGGGUGCACUCAAAUAAGUGUGUCUUGUGUAUAUGUGCAUUUAUAAUAUCAACAACGUACGCUAGAAGACAAGACUCAGAGGCGAUCGCAUUAAACGUCAUUUAAUGACGAUAGUCCACAGGGAAUGAGAGGAAUUUAUGAAAAUAAACUUUCGUCUUAAUGAUAGUUCACUAUUACGUACGUGAGCGUGUGUAAGAAUAAACGUAAAUUUGUUUUUAUUAUAACACAACAUUCAAUAAUCAGAAGAACAAAAAUUAACAUACAUUUUAGAAAAUCGAAAUUAGGAAGAUGAGUAUAUGUGAUUCGUGACAAUGUAUAGCUAAUUUUAAAGGAUAAGAUCCAAUAGGAUUAUUUGCAUUUAUACAGCGACAUCUGCAUCGCAGCAUUUACGUGAGUAAUGUUUGUAUUAUUACAUGUUUCGUAGACCCGGACAAAUAAAAUUAAAAGGAACUUUUCAUUAUUCCUUCCACAAGAAAAAGGCAGUUCAGUUAUGGCUAUCUGCACCCGUAACCGGGCGAGUGGAAAUGCGUAAAAAAGAACGAAUUAAUCAGAACCUACAAAGAUGGUCACAAAAAGUGUGACAUUUCGUCACGAAGACAAUUAAUUUGUAAACAUUAUAUUCUAAUGCGAAGAGAGGUCCUUAUAAAGACAGAAGAACGUUGCUGGCUCUAUUUCUUACACAUCCCCUGUAUAAAUCAAAUUAUACAGGAUUUAUAAAAAAAAUGUAACACACACAGUAUUAUAAUGUCGUACAUCCUGUAUUAAACAUCAAGGAAAAAACAGCAGCAUAUGAAUCGCUUGAAAGUGCUGGGGUGAUAAAGAUUACAUCCAACAACGAAUAAUUUGUCUAACAAAAUUCAGUGAAGCAUUUAGAACAUUUAGUUCCUGCAACGCUAAUCUCGAUGCUGGAGUAUGAAACUCCUACUAAAAGACCAGUCUUGCAUUCCAGAAAACACACCAGAAAUAAUACAGACAAAUUUAAGGGACUUCGUAACUGAAGUCACCUGAUAUCAUAUAUGUAAGAACUAAAGGAAAUCGUCCAACGAUAACAGGAAAAAAGUAAUUGUUACAAGGACCACUGGACUGUCAACGUAGACUCUUCAUUAUUACGCUUCCUGCGAAACAAGUGAAAGUUGUGGGUUUCAUGUUUGACACAGCUCAUAAACACGAAGGAACCCUCCAAUGGUUCCAAAACAUCAGAAUCACCCCUAGCGCAGUCUUUCAGUUCAUAUCCUAGUUAAUAGAUCAAACAUAUCAAAACGACGGAAGACGCAAGAUUAGUGAGAGGUUUAGCAUAUCUCAGUGCAAUGAAGCAGACCCACAAAAUAUAUCCUUACGAAAAAAAAAAAUAACAGCCUGACCACAGUAUACCAGUAUAACUACAAAUAAUUUGCAUGACGAAUUUUAAGUGUGGUUUUAACAGCAAAAGUAAUUAACUAUGUAAAGGGACGAUAAAAGAAAAGACAAAAAAUGCUUCCGAAACAUAAGUAUGUACUUUGAAAUGGAAAUAAAUAUUUGGGACGUACCUGAAAAAUA